AUAAGCCAUAAAAAAGACGUUAACUCACAAGUCACCAGUCAAUGCAAGCUUUUGAUACCUGGAUAAAAUCUCCAAGUGGGAUGCGCCCUCUUUAAAGCUUGCACCGUUACACGUUCUUCCCCCAAAACCCUUAGCAUUAGAAAAGCAACAUUAAGAAAAUUCUUUCCCAAGUACUACCGUUUUUAUCCCCAAAAAUGGCUGAAAUCUCUCACUUAAUAAUGUUCUCUCUAUUAUCUCUCAGCCUUUUCAACUUCAGUUUUGCAUUAAAUCCUCAAGUUUCUUACAUUUCGAACCACCAACAUCAUUCCAAAUAUCACCCAAAAGUGAAUCAAGAGAUUGGAGUUUAUGAGCUUAAGAAUGGGAAUGUCUCUGUUAAGCUUACUAAUUAUGGGGCUACUGUUAUCUCUGUCAUUGUUCCUGAUAAAUAUGGAAAGCUAGCUGAUGUGGUUCUUGGAUAUGACUCUGCCAAGGAAUAUGUGAAUGAUACAACAUACUUUGGUGCCAUCGUUGGGCGGGUGGCUAACAGAAUUGCUGGUGCACAAUAUACUUACAAUGAAAAACACUACAAACUCAUUGCCAAUGAGGGGAAAAACAUACUUCAUGGUGGUCCAAAAGGGUUCAGUCGUGUUAUCUGGAAGGUGGACCGUUACAGCCCCAAAGCUCAUUAUCCACAUAUUAAGUUUAGUUACUUCAGUUUUGAUGGAGAACAAGGAUUCCCAGGUAAGCUGAAGGUAACAGUGAUAUACAAAAUAAUCAAGGGAAACCAUCUAUUAGUCACAAUGAGAGCAAAACCUUUAAACAAGCCAACUCCAGUUAAUCUAGCCCAACAUACAUAUUGGAACCUUGGAGGCCAUACUAGUGGCAACAUUCUAGCUCAUGAAGUUCAAAUCUUCGCUUCCCAAAUUACUCCUGUGGAUAAAAACCUCAUACCAACAGGCAAGUUCGAGCAAGUGAAAGGAACACCAUUCGAUUUCCUUAAGCCUCAUACUGUUGGGAGCACGAUAAAUAAGCUUCCGAAAGGCUAUGACAUAAACUAUGUGGUUGAUGGUUACAAGACUCGACAUGCUGCUGUGACACCCGUUGCUGUUGUAAAGGAGAAAAAAUCAGGGCGGGUGAUGGAGUUGUGGGCAAACAAGCCUGGAGUCCAAUUUUAUACAAGCAACACACUAAAUACGACAGGUAAAGGAGGACAUGUGUAUGGACCUCAUGCUGCUCUAUGUUUGGAGACUCAGGGGUUCCCUGAUGCUGUCAAUCAUCCGAAUUUCCCUUCAGUGAUGGUUUCCCCUGGUGAAACUUAUGAGCAUUACAUGUUGUUCAAGUUCUCGACCAUGAAUUAGUUGGAAACAUGGAUAGAAGAGUUUGUAUUUUUGUUGUGUUUUGGCUAUUUUUUGUUCUUAAAAGUCUUGAGCUGGGAAGGAUUGCUUGUUGUUGGCUUUGAUAGGCAAAUUCUAUUCUUCCAGUACUUCACCGUUGUGAUCUGAGAUGUUUCAAUAAAAAUGGCCUGUUUAACAAA